AUAUGCGUUGCCCUAAACCGCAGCAAACCUGAGCUAAUAAGGGGACAGCUGAGCGUUGAAAAAGCUUCACUGAUUAGCCAAUAUAAACUCACCUAAAUGAAAGCCCACUUGUGAUUCGCCCUAAGUAGACCAAAACCCGGGUGACUAGAACAUACUGGACCUUGACUUGACAUUUUCUUCCUUUUGUGAAUAAGAACUCUGACAACACAGUGAAGAAAAUUCCUGUCCUGGGACUGCCUGGAUGGCAGGCAUGGUGCUGGGAGUGGGUGCUGGCGUGUUCAUCCUUGCCCUGCUCUGGGUAUUGGUGCUGCUGCUGUGUGUGCUGUUAUCCAGAGCCUCCGGGAUAGCUAGGUUCUCUCUCAUUUUUGUAUUCCUCACUGCUCUGAUCAUCACAUCCGUUCUGUUACUCUUCCCCCGAGCCAGUGAAUUUCCAGCCCCAGGAGUCGAAAUGAAGAUUGUGGAUGCCUUUUUCAUUGGGCGCUAUGUCCUGCUGGCUUUCCUCAGCGCUGUCUUCCUCGGGAGCCUCUUCUUAGUUCUAACUCACCAUGUCCUGGAGCCGGUCUACGCCAAACCACUGCGGUCCCCCUGAGCACUGUCCAGGAAGCAGAGAUCCUGGCCUCCUGUGCUUCAUGUGGCUGCCAUUGAUGAGCAGAAAGUCACUCUGCGGAGCCUUGUUUUUACAGCCUUCGUGUUUUAAGAGCAGAAGGAGAGUCAGUCCUCACUGAGAUAACUGUCUUGAGUCCUGGACUCUAGAAACAGGGUUGCGAAAUUGUUCCUGUGGGACAUAGUCUCAUCUGAUUGUUGUCUUCUUGCUGUCUGUACUUUGGGAAUUUUGUCAGUUUGGAAAGGGAAAUAGUCAUCUGCUUACAGCAGAUUUUCAGUAGUUACUAGUAAGUGGAUUUUGGAGGACUUUGGCUUCUGCUGUCUAGUAGAAGAAUCUGGGCCUUUUUGGUAAGAGUGUGAAAAAAAAAAAUUUUUUUUUGUACCGUGGAAUAAACCCAGGGUCUUCACACUGAGCUACAGCCCCAGACUUUUUUUAUGAGACAGGGCUUGCUGAGUUGUUCAGGUAGGACUUGAACUUCCCAUCCUCCCACUUCAGCCUCUCAACUGCUGGGAUUACAGGUAUGUGUGAGAUUUCUAAUUAUGAGGUUGGACUCACUUAGAAAGGAAAGGUACUUAAAUGCAAAAGUUAUUUUCAUGCAUAAUGUGGAAGGCUUAUUUAGAUGUUAUCAACCAGUCUGCGUAUAAUUCCACAGAACUCUAUAAAGGUAACAGGAGUCACUUUCCUCUUCGCUAAUAAAGCAAUAAACAACACUCAACAGCUAACUUUCACAUCACACUUUUAGCCACAGCUUUCUGAAGCUAGCAAUCUUACAUUUGAAGGUUGUUUGGGAAUUAGAGGGGAGGUUUAUAAAUGGUGGGUGUCUGCCAUAAAUCUCUGGAUCCUUUUUCUUCUAGGAUCUGUGGUCUCUGUGUGCCUCAUUUAAUUACCAGAUGAGUUUUUUGGGGGUUGUGAUCUCUUUUUAUCUUUUAAUGCUUUCUCCGAGCUAGUUGAGAAUGUACAUUCUCGACAUUAGAUUCUGAUACCUGUCUAAUCUCCCAGACUCCAUGAAGUUUGUCAUUAAAUGGAUGGGCUGUGGUCCAGUCUGGAGCUCUGUAUAGUGUCCCGUGUGAGUCCGUAUCAGGAGGCUGAAGGAUCUGCACUGAAAGCCAGGAGACAAUGUCCAAGGUGAAAGCUAAAACUGGAGCUCUUCCAAAGGAAACAGAAGCUAACCUUCCUUCUUCAGUUCCCUUUUAAAAGCAUUCUGGCAAUGAUCUUCCCUAGGGUGGGUCUUCCACACCCGACUAUGCUGAGCCAGUUUAGUUGGGCAUUAUUUACUCAAAUCAGUCAACCAUCACACCCACUAAGCUCUGUAGAAUUUUGAAAGCUUCAGGGAGAUUAAGGCCACUUCUCCAUGCUUUCUGGCCUGAAUCCUGUUGUUAGGGUAGGGAGGUUCCCCAGUCCUGUCUCCCUUGAGGGGCUCAGCCCUAAAUGUCAGGCAAGAGCUGCUGUCUAGCAAGAGUUCUGGGCUGGUGUCAGGUGGAGUUGUCACUCCACUUAAAACAUCUCCUUCAUCUCCUUCGUUUGGGAAAGCUUUGCAGAGAAAGCUUUCUUCAGAAAGCCUUAAAGGAAAUCAUUUUUUCCAGUUUAAAAAAAAUUUAUGUUUUUAUCAGCACACAUUUGCCGUACAUGACAGUCGCGAUCAUAGGGAAUUUCUACCUAUAUAUAAUAGGUCUUAAUUCUUUUUUUCCCGUUCACCUCCCCAUUUACAAAAUCU